UUUUAAGUCAAUGAACAAGUCUGAUACUAUUCACAAUUAGGAAAAUAUUGAUCCAAACAUCAUUCGUAACUUAUCUUCAUAACAAAAGAAGAUUCCUAGAAGUUCAGGAUAAAAAACACCAUGGAGUGCUAAGUAUUAUUUAAUUAUUAUUUUUAAAGUACUGGAGAAAUAAGUCAUUCAACCAAUGAUGAUAUAGAAAUAUCAUGUUUUUAAGUAGGACCAGUCAAAACUACUCAAUUAUCACCUAAUUAAGCUAUCGUAUGUUAAUCAAGAUUAGAGUAAUAUUUGACUUCGAAUAAUGUUCCUGAUAUACUUUCCUAUUUAGAUGAAUUUGAAGAUCUAGAUUGGGUCAAAUCUAAUUAUAUUACUCACAUUAUUGAGAUGAUAGUAAAAUAAGAGAAGGAAUAUUUGAAAUAAAGGAUUGUUGGAUUAACAGCUAUAUUAACAAGUAAGAAUUAUCUACUCACACGAUAAAUCAUAAAGAUGAUAUUUAGUGUAUCAUCUAGAAUUGGAGCAUAAGAAGGCUAUUAUGCUUUAUAUGAAAUAGAUAAUUUAUUAGAAUAAAUGAUAUAAAAAGAAGAAUUAUAAUAAUAUCAUUAAAUAUAAUAUUUUCCAUUAAUAUUAUAUUGCUAUGCUCACUAAUUAUUAUAUUGGGGUUUAGUUGCAGAAUGUUGGGAUUUAUUGAAAUUUAAGUUAAAUAAAGAGAUUAAUGAAUCAAUCAAAGAUGAAUUUGAGAAAACUGCACAAAAGAUUUGUGAUAUGCUUUUAAGAUAAUUAAUUGAAUUAAGCAAUUCAAAUAAUCAAUGGAUGAAGGUAUUCAAUGAAGUAUUAAAUGAAGGUGUAAUCAAUUUACAUCCAUCUGAUAUCUUCUUUAAUAAAUUAAUUGAUUAUGCUUUCAGAAAACAAUAAGUCACAAUGGCUGAGUUAUUAUUUACUUUUAUGAGAGACAAUGCUAAAAUUCAACCAACAAUUGUUACAAUUAAUACAAUGAUUGAUUAAUAUUUCAAGAAUAAUCAAAAAGACAAAGCUUGGAAAGCAUUUGAGAAUCUUAAAAUAUCAUCUACAAAACCUGAUAAUUUCACUUAUACUACAUUAAUAAAUGGAUUAAAGAAUUCUGAUAAUAUGGAUCUUAGAUUAGCAUUUUAAUUAUUUGAUGAGUAUAAAUAAUUCAAUUAACCUGAUCAAAUCAUCUAUAAUUGUUUAUUAGAUGCUUGUAUUAAUGCUGGUGAUUUAAAUAGAGGAUUUCUAUUAUUAAAUGAAAUGAAAUAAUCAUAAUCUAUUUAAUUAGAUGAAAUUACUUAUAAUACAUUAAUCAAAGGAUGUGGAAGAAAGAAGAGAUUAAAUGAAGCUAUUAAUUUAUUUGAAGAAAUGAAAUAAAUAGGUAUCAAACCAAAUAGAAUAAGUUUUAAUUCAUUACUUGAUUCUUGUGUUAAAUGUAAUAAAAUGAAUAUUGCUUGGAGAUAUUUUGAAGAAAUGAGAAAAUAAUAUGGUAUCUUUCCAGAUAAUUUUACUUAUAGUAUUUUAGUUAAUGGAAUUAAAACUAAUCAUUCAAAUAGAGAUGAAUUAUUAAGAGCAAUAUCCUUAUUAGAAUAAAUAUAAGAAACUGGUCAAUUUAAACCAGAUGAGAUUCUAUAUAAUUCAUUAAUUGAUGCUUGUGUUAAAUUUAAUGAAAUUUAAAAAGGAAUGUAAUUAUUCAAGGAAAUGAAGAAUAAAUAAAUAGAACCAUCAUCUGUUACAUAUGGUAUUUUAAUUAAAGCUUAUGGUAAAAUGAAUGAUUUAAAUGGAGCUUUUAGAAUGUUUGAAGAGAUGAAAUAAAAGAAAAUACCAAUUAAUGAUGUUACUUAUGGAUGUUUAGUAGAUGCUUGUGUAAGAAAUGAUAGAUUAGAUUAAGCACUUUAAUUCAUUGAAUAAAUGAAAUCUUAAAAUCUACCAAUUAAUACUGUUCUAUAUACAACUAUUAUUAAAGGAUUUUGUAAGUUAAAUUAAACAGAAGAGGCAAUGAAAUAUUUUAAUUUAAUGAAAUAAAAUUAAAGGACAUAUCCAAAUCUGAUAACUUAUAAUUCACUUUUAGAUGGAUUAGUAAAAAAUGGAUUAAUGAAUUAAGCAGAUAAAUUAUUCUAAGAAUUAGUGGAAUCAACAAUAAAACCAGAUCUAAUUACAUUCAGUACUUUAUUAAAAGGACAUUGUAGAAGAGGUAAUAUGAAGAGAUUGAAUGAAACAGUAUAAACUAUGUUAGUUUAUCAGAUCAAUCCUGAUGAAUCAUUAUUACAAUUAAUUCUAGAAUCUUGUUUAAAUUAAUAAUAAUAUCAUAAUGGUGUUCAAAUAUAUGAUUAAUUCUAACAUCAAAUACCUUAAUCAACUUAAUUAUUAUUGAUCAUCAUUAGAUUACAUAGUUAAGAUAAGUAAUUAUCAUCAGCAUUACCAUUAUUAAAUAGACUCUAUUAAUUGUUGGAUGAAAGUAGAAUACAACAUCAAUAAUUAGAAUCAACUAUUAAUUCCUUAUUAAUCAAUCCACUUGAUGAAUAGACUUAUCCAAUAAUCACUAAAAUCAUCAUCUAAGCAUUAAAAUCAGAUAUCAAUGUGAAUAAUUUAGAAAAUCUAGUAUCUAUAGACAACUCAGAAUUAAUGCUCUUAUUAUAGAAUACCAAUUAAUUACCAUGUAAUAAAUUAUCAUAAAUUCUCAAUUCAUUGUCUAAUUAAGAUUAGUAAUUGUGUAGAUAAUACAUUUCAAAGAAUAAUAAGAAUGACUUGAAAGAACCUUUAAAUGAGUAAUUUGGUUAAGUAUUUUUAUCAUGUAACAGUAACAACAACUAUCAAAACAAGAAAACUAAACCAUAAGAGAGAUCAUCACCAUUUAAUAAUGAAAAUAAGGAAAAUGUUUAUCAUCCAAAGAAACAAUAUAACAAUUAUGCCAAAAAUGACUUGAAUGAAUAUUUGAAUAACAAGUCAUAUACCAAGAGAAGAUGA